UGGCACGCCGAAGCGUUGGAUACAGCCUGCGAUUGGAGGGACAAAUGACUGUGAAAGGAUAAAGAGGCGCGAGGCGGAAUUGGGGUCCGCUCUAAGCUGCAGCAAGAGAAACCGUGUAAGGGGCGGGGGGGAACAGGCCAAUUUUGUAGCCCCGGUUUGUACAUGUCUCUUUCCUCUCUUUGGAGCUGUGCAUUCAAGGGAAGGCGAGACGGGACUAAGUACAUUGAUUAUUGCACCAGUCACUGCUCUUCCUACCAGGAAGACACACAUUUAUUAAUGCUACUGGGUUGCAUGAGCGGGCUUUUCUUUUUUCGUUUAUUCCCUUGCAACUAUUGAAUAACAGUCGAACAAACUCCUGCUCCUUCUGCCACGAGCCCUGGAGUGAGGAAGAUUUUUGUUUUGUGGGAGGUGGGCAUAUUCCUCCUCUCUCUUUUUGUGUUUUUGGCUGUUGCUGUGCCCUUUAGAGAAACGAGAGACUGUUAGCAGUGGGCGUGCUGCUUUUUCUGAAACACCUCGAGCAGCGAGAGAGAAACAAGCACUUGUGAACUCCAGGGUGGGGGAAGAGGUGGAAAAGCGAGAACUUGGAUUGGCGGUUGGCUGUUUAAAAAAAGAGAGAGAAACUGUUUCCACUUUGAGCCCGGCUUCUGCAAUUAGAAUCCCGGUGCAAAGUUGCAGGGGAAAGGCGUGCACAAAAGUACCGGAGAGACAAAAAGCUGUUGUGUGGAGCUACAACUACUUCCCAGAGGGGGCCGUGCCUUAGUAGCAGAAGGACGGAGCGCUUCCAAAGGGGGCUCGAGACCGCCGAGCGCCUGGGAAAGUUGACUGGCUUGCUCCAACCUGGUGCCAAACUGAGCCCCGCCGAUCUCCCCAUAGCCGCCGCCGCCGCGCGCGAGCCCCCGAGAUGGUGCAACAGACGAACAACGCAGAGAACACGGAAGCGCUUCUGGCCGGCGAGAGCUCGGACUCCGGAGCCGGCAUCGAGCUGGGCAUCGCCUGCUCUCCCACGCCGGGCUCGACGGCUUCGACGGGGGGCAAAGCGGACGACCCGAGCUGGUGCAAGACGCCCAGCGGGCACAUCAAGCGGCCCAUGAACGCCUUUAUGGUAUGGUCUCAGAUCGAGCGGAGGAAGAUCAUGGAGCAGUCGCCGGACAUGCACAAUGCCGAGAUCUCGAAACGCCUGGGCAAGCGCUGGAAGCUGCUCAAGGACAGCGACAAGAUCCCGUUCAUCCGGGAGGCGGAGCGGCUGCGCCUCAAGCACAUGGCGGAUUACCCUGACUACAAGUACCGGCCCAGGAAGAAGGUGAAAUCGGGCACGAGCUCUGGGAAGCCGGGCGAGAAGAGCGGGGGCGGAGGGAGCGGCGGUGGCGGCGGCAGCAGCAGCACAGCCGCCGCCGCCAACUCCUCCAAACUCGCCCUGAAAAAGGGCAGCGCCGCCAAACUCUCCCCCAGUGGCGCCGGCGCGGGCAAGCCGCAUCCCAGACUGAGCCUGAGUGGCGGCGGUGGCGGCAACAGCAAAGGUUCUUCUCCUUUCCCUGCCUCGGAGCAGCCGGCCGCCCUCCUACCCCCGGAGCACCACUCGCUGUACAAAUCCCGCGCCGCCUCGCCGGGCUCCUCCUCGCCCUCGAGCGGCAAACACCUCCCCGAGAAGAAGGCCAAGCGGCUCUACCUCUUCUCACACUCGUCGCCCGGCGGCGCCGUGCCUGCCAGCCCGACGCUGAGCACCUCGACGGAAGCCAGCGACCCGCUGAGUCUCUAUGAGGAAGCGGGAGCCGCGGUGGGCAGCCAGCAGGACGGCGGCAGCGGCUGCGAGCCCUCGCCUUCCACAGGGGGCGGCUGUUCGCCGUCGGACCACCGCAGCUACACCAGCCUGAGGGCGCCCUCGCCGGCCCCGUCCACCUCGCACUCGUCGUCGUCGUCGGGCUCCUCCUCCGCCUCCUGCGCUUCCUCCUCCUCGGACGACGAGCUCGAAGACGACCUGUUGGACCUCAACCCCAGCCCGGGCUUCGACAGCAUGGCCCUGGGCAGCCUGAGCUCGUCGGUCCUCGACAGGGACCUGGACUUUAACUUGGAGCCCGGCUCGGGCUCGCACUUCGAGUUCCCGGACUAUUGCACCCCGGAGGUAAGUGAGAUGAUCUCGGGGGACUGGCUCGAGUCCAGCAUUUCCAACCUGGUCUUCACGUACUGAGCGAGGAGGAGAGACCGAAGGGGGUAAAUGAAGCGGGGGGAAGGCACCGAACCGGCACAGACCCCGCGUGCGCUGCCGACGAAAGAGCGAAACAUUCGCCCACGGUUGUUGAGUGUGUUUGUGUUUUCUCUCCCCCCCCCCUUAAUGAAACUGACUUGGGGUGUGUGUUGAGUUUUUAUAUAUAUAUGGGGGAAAAAUUUCACAGUGGCAAGAGGGAUCUCCCUCUUAAGCAACCCCAGAAGUCUCUCCCUGGCUCAGCAGAUUCCCCUCCCCCUUUUUUCCACGCUUCAUCCUCCCAACAGCCGAAGAAUGAGUUCCAGAGACGAGCGAGAGAAUCAAGUGGCUUAAAAAAAAAGAAAAAAGGGAACGACUGGGGGGGGAGGGGGAGGCUUUGAAAAUCACGCACACCUCGGAGGUUUGCUUCUUUCCCAGUUUGAAGGGAUUGGGGGUGGGGAAUAGAUUGUGCUCUGAGCUUUGGAAUUUUUUUGUUAGGGUUUUCCAGAAGAAAAAUCUGUUUGCAGGACGUGCGAAAGUGCUACUUUGGUUUUUCGUUCUCUUCCGCAAGAGAAGAUGGGUAAGAGAGAGCCUAAGAACCGGACUGAGAUCCUGGGAGGGAUGGAAGAGGGAGGCGUUUUUUAAAAAAAUGAACUGGAAGAUCGGCUAAGAAAAUAAUAAUAAAACAAAAGGAUUUGCACGUAUAAAGGAGAAGGUGGCAGCGAUAUUCUUAGUCACCUUAUAUUAUAUACAGAGAAGUCAGUAUGUGUGGAAUUUCAACAACACUGAACUUUUUUUUUAAUGGAGACAGAUAUAGAACAUACCAAGUUUUCUGUAAUGAUGUGGUACAGGGGAAAUAGAGGGCAGUUGCUCUUUUUUGCGAAAAUGUGUUUUUCUUCUUACUCAGAAUCGUGAUGGUGUUGGAUUAUUUCACUGGUGGGAACUUAAUAUAGCAUGUUAUCCUGUCUAUCUUUCUGAGAUUUCUGUAAGACUGUUGAACAGUUUAAAAGAAUAGUGUUAGAAUAAUAUAAAAAGCGGAUAGAUGGCGCUAUGUUUGAUUCCUACAAAAAUUAUCACCAGCUUUUUUCAUUCUUAACUCUUUAAAGGAUUCAAACGCAACUCAAAUCUGUGCUGGACUUUAAAAAAUAAUAAUUCAGGACCAAAUUUUUCCUCAGUGUCUGUGUGUGCGUGCGUGCGUGUUUCUUUAUAGCUGUAAAUGAAGACUCUUUUCUUUUCACACCCAUGAUCCAUUCCUUGAAAUGUUUUUUCCUUGUACAUGUAAUUUGGAUGCCAUUUUAUAAGUGAAGUAUUUAUACUGGCCAAACAUUUUUUACUUGUAUUACUUUGUCCUUUUUUGGUAGUUCGGUUGUUACCCACACCAUUUUUUAUGUCACCUUCACUGAAGGGCUAGAGUUUUAACUUUUAAUUUUUUAUAUUUAAAUGUAGACUUUUGACACUUUUAAAAACAAGAGAAGAGAGAUGAAAACGUUUGAUUAUUUUCUCAGUGUAUUUUUGUAAAAAAUAUAUAAAGGGGUGUAAAUUGCUGUUUUGGAUUUCCUGAUUAUAACAGGGCUGCUGGUUAAUCUCUCAACACACAUAAAAUCAGCCCCUACUUUCAUCAUGUUUACACUCCAAUCUGCAGGCUUCUUAAAGAGACAGCAUCCCUUGUAUCCACUGUUCAGCUCUACUUCUGAGUUGAGUGGGGGGGGGGACUGAACUAAUUCACUGUAGGGCUAAUUCCUAACAAACAAAACAAACCCCUCUCAAAGUAAACAGUAUGUUGUACAGAAACAACUCGAGCAUGUUCAGAAAAAAAGGGAUCCUGUAGCUUUAACUUGUAAACCACAUCUUUUGCACUUUUUUAUAAGCAAAAAAACCGUGCCGUUUAAACCACUGGAUCUAUCUAAAUGCCGAUUUGAGUUUGCGACACUAUGUACUGCAUUUUUUCAUUCUUGUAUUUGACUAUUUAAUCUUUUCUACUUGUCGCUAAAUAUAAUUGUUUUAGUCUCUUAUGGCAUGAUGAUAGCAUAUGUAUUCAGGUUUAUAGCUGUUGUGUUUAAGAUGAGAAAAAGUGAAAACAUCUUUGUACAUUUAAGUCUGUAUUAUAAGCAAAAAAGAUUGUGUGUUUAUGUAUGUUAAUAUAACAUGACAGGCGCUAGGACAUCUGCCUAAUGAGGAGGUUCCGUUAAGGGUUUUUUACUUUUUUUUGUCAUCCAUCCUGUGCAAUAUGCUGUGUGGAAUAUCUUUGUCUAACAAUCUGCUCAUAACACAACGUGGGGGUGGGGGUGGGGGAAGCUGGCUAAUUAUGCCAAGUUCACUGCCUGUCAGAUUGUCAAUAUACUUUCUGUAAAUAACCUUUUCCUGAAGGAAAUAAAAUCAGCUGGAACUGAACCCUGAA